AAAACAAAAUCCCAAAAAGGAAAAUCCAUUACUGUAUUUAAUUGUUGAUGAGGAACAAAACCCUAAGGGGUUCUUGUAAGAACAAAUCGCCGCCGGAUUGAUCUCAACCGUCAAUACCGCUCCUCUUCUUCUUGAUCUCAGUUCACUGUCUUUUUUGGGUUUUUGUUUUUCUGGUUUCUCGCAACGACUUUCUUACACUGCCGUUGUUUUUGUUGUCAAGGUUGAAGGAAAGUGGAAAAAUAUGUUGUGGGGAAUUUGUUUGGGUAAUUCAUGAGACGGAGUUCGCGGGAGGAUGGUUUGUUUUGGGUUGUGGUUUCGUGUUUUGAUCGAGGGGGGGUUUCGGUUUUAGGGUCUGAAGUGGUGAAGUGGAGUUGAAAAAAUUGGUUUUUGGUUAUAAAGUCUUGGUUUUUUGUUAUCCGUUUGGAAGAGGGGAUUCUGAGGUUGUAAGCAUGGGUUUUAGGUGUUUGGGAGCAUGGCUUUUGGUUCUGGAAGCUUUUUAGGGUUUAGGGUUUGGUUUUGGUUUGUUGGAUGAUCAAUUGGAGCCGGUGAAAAUGUUGUCUGAAUUGGGGAGGAGGCCGAUGCUCAAAAACGGUGGCGGAUCGUUUGGGGAUGAUUUGGAGAAGGAUAUAGGGUUGUUGCUUCGUGAGCAGCGGCGUCAAGAGGCGGAUGAUUAUGAAAAGGAGCUAAAUUUGUACAGAAGUGGGUCUGCUCCGCCAACUGUUGAGGGUUCUAUGAAUGCAGUUGGGGGUUUGUUCGGUGGUGGAGCUGCCUUUCCGGGAUUUCCAGAUGAUGGGAAUGGGAAUGGGUUCGCGUCUGAGGAGGAGCUUAGGUCUGAUCCAGCUUACCUUUCUUAUUACUAUUCAAAUGUGAAUUUGAACCCACGGCUCCCACCUCCAUUGCUUUCCAAGGAGGAUUGGAGGUUUGCUCAAAGACUGAAAGGAGGGAGUUCUGGAUUGGGAGGGAUUGGAGAUAGAAGGAAAAUGAAUAGAAAUGAUAGUGGUAGUGUUGGUAGAUCGAUGUAUUCGAUGCCACCAGGGUUUAAUUCGCGGAAAGAAGAGACUGAGGCAGACUCAGAGAAACUUUGCGGUUCAGCAGAGUGGGGUGGCGAUGGACUCAUCGGCUUGUCAGGGUUAGGACUAGGGAGCAAACAGAAGAGUCUUGCAGAAAUUUUUCAGCAGGAUGAUUUAGGGCGCACCACUCCUGUCUCUGGACACCCUUCUCGUCCAGCAAGCCGCAAUGCUUUUGAUGAAAAUGCUGAACCCUUGGGCUCUGUUGAAGCAGAGUUGGGUCAUUUACGCCGUGAAUUGAAAUCUGCUGAUGUUUUACGAUCCGGUGCAAGUGUUCAGGGCUCAUCAACGGUCCAAAAUAUUGGUGCACCUACUUCAUAUACUUAUGCCUCUGUGUUGGGUGGUUCCUUAUCAAGAAGCACUACUCCUGAUCCCCAACUCAUUGCUAGGGCUCCUAGCCCCUGUCUUACACCCAUUGGAGGAGGGAGAACUGCCAUUUCUGAAAAGAGAGGAAUUAAUGGUUCUAGCUCUUUUAGUAGUGUCCCACCUAGCAUGAAUGAAUCUGCAGAUCUGGUGGCUGCUUUGUCUGGUAUGGACCUGUCAACAAAUGGCGUGAUUGAUGAAGAAAAUCAUUUGCCAUCACAGAUUGAACAGGAUGUUGAGAAUCAUCAAAGCUAUCUCUUCAAUCUACAAGGUGGUCAGAGCAAUAUUAAGCAACAUUCAUACCUGAAGAAAUCUGAAUCUGGGCAUUUACAAAUUCCUUCUGCUCCUCAGUCAGGAAAGGCAUCAUAUUCUGAUUCAGUUAAGAGCAAUGGUGUUGGUUCAGAGCUGAACAACUCCUUGAUGGCUGAUAGGCAAGCUGAAUUACACAAAUCUUCUGUUCCCUCCGGUAAUUCGUACUUGAAAGGAUCAUCUAUGUCUAGUCAUAACGGUGGAGGUGGCUUGCCUUCUCAUUAUCAGCAGUUUGUAGAUAGCACAAAUUCAUCAAUUCCAAACUAUGGUUUGGGUGCAUAUUCCAUGAAUCCAGCUUUGGCUUCCAUGAUGGCAAGCCAGCUUGGUGCGCCUAAUUUGCCACCAUUAUUUGAAAAUGUCGCUGCAGCAUCAGCUAUGGGAGUCCCUGGGAUUGAUUCAAGAGUUUUGGGAGCAGGCUUGGCUUCUGGGCCAAAUAUAGGGGCUGCUACAUCAGAGUCACAGAAUCUCAAUAGAAUUGGGAAUCACAUGGCAGGGAAUGCUCUUCAAGCACCUUUUGUGGAUCCAAUGUAUCUCCAAUAUUUGAGGACGGCUGAAUAUGCUGCAGCACAAGUUGCUGCUCUUAAUGAUCCCUCUGUAGAUAGGAACUACUUAGGUAAUUCGUAUGUUGAUUUACUUGGACUCCAGAAAGCUUAUCUGGGAGCUCUGCUUUCUCCUCAGAAAUCACAGUAUGGUGUUCCCUUGGGCAGUAAAUCUAGUGGUUCUAAUCAUCAUGGUUACUAUGGUAACCCGGCAUAUGGUGUUGGCAUGUCAUACCCUGGAAGUCCCCUAGCAAGUCCUGUUAUUCCAAAUUCUCCCAUUGGACCAGGAAGUCCUAUCAGACACAAUGAUCUCAAUAUGCGAUAUCCAUCUGGGAUGAGAAACUUAGCUGGGGGAGUCAUGGCACCCUGGCACUUGGAUGCUGGUUGCAACAUGGAUGAAGGCUUUGCCUCCUCACUACUUGAAGAGUUCAAGAGUAACAAAACCAAAUGUUUUGAGCUUUCAGAAAUUGCUGGUCAUGUUGUUGAGUUUAGUGCGGACCAGUAUGGAAGCCGAUUCAUUCAACAAAAACUUGAAACAGCCACAACAGAAGAGAAAAGCAUGGUUUACCAGGAAAUCAUUCCCGAAGCUCUCUCUUUGAUGACAGAUGUGUUUGGUAACUAUGUUAUACAAAAGUUUUUUGAGCAUGGACUAGUAUCCCAGAGAAGAGAACUGGCUGGCAAGCUUUAUGGUCAUGUACUGACACUUAGCCUUCAAAUGUAUGGUUGUCGAGUGAUCCAAAAGGCAAUAGAAGUUGUUGAUCCAGAUCAAAAGAUUAAAAUGGUUGAGGAGCUUGAUGGUCAUAUCAUGCGAUGUGUGCGUGAUCAGAAUGGAAACCAUGUCAUCCAAAAGUGUAUUGAAUGUGUUCCUGAAGGUGCUAUUCAGUUUAUCAUCUCAACAUUCUUUGAUCAGGUUGUGACCCUCUCAACCCAUCCAUAUGGGUGUCGUGUGAUACAGAGAGUGCUGGAGCACUGCAGGGAUCCAAAAACCCAGAGUAAAGUGAUGGAUGAGAUUUUAGGAUCUGUUAGCAUGCUGGCGCAAGAUCAGUAUGGCAAUUAUGUUGUUCAGCAUGUUCUGGAGCAUGGACAACCACACGAGCGCUCUGCUAUAAUUAAGGAAUUAGCUGGAAAGAUAGUUCAGAUGAGUCAGCAGAAGUUUGCCUCCAAUGUUGUGGAGAAGUGUUUAACUUUUGGCGGUCCUGCUGAGCGCCAGAUCCUGGUGAAUGAGAUGCUUGGCACUACUGAUGAGAAUGAGCCUCUUCAGGCUAUGAUGAAAGAUCAGUUUGCAAACUAUGUUGUACAAAAGGUGCUGGAGACUUGUGAUGACCAGCAGCGUGAGCUGAUCUUGUCCCGAAUUAAGGUUCAUCUUAAUGCACUGAAGAAAUACACUUAUGGAAAGCAUAUUGUUGCACGUGUAGAGAAACUUGUUGCUGCUGGGGAAAGGAGAAUUGCUAUUCAGUCUCCACACCCUGCUUAGGUGGGCAUAGGAAAGAAAGAAGUUGUACAGCUAACUGAGGCUAGUGUGAGCUUCCUUUCUUCUUCUCUUUCUCUGGAAUCUAGAGCUAUGGUUCUACUAUCUCUUUAAGAUAGAUAUGAGCUGAUUGGCAAUAAAGCUGUUCUCGUACUGGAAAACUGUACAUUGUGUAGUUUAAGGUUUAUACAUAUAAUCAAGCAAGCUGAGAGGUUCAGGUGUUCAAUACACUUGGAAGUCCAUGCAGAGGAGAUAAAUGACUAUACAAGUUUUUAAGGGUGUAAAAAAUGAUUAAAAUGGUGAGGUAGUUUAUAUGUUAACGCGACUGUACAAAUUUCGCCAUGUGGAGAGCUGUUGAUGUUUAGGUGAGGCCAGGAUAUUUUUGUUUAAUGUAUGCUUAUCGACUACUUUCUUUCUUUUAAAGUACAAUUUUCUCCUGUGCUCAAAGUAUCUUGUUUUGGUCUA